UUUGGUAAUUUCAAAUUAAUUGGUAAUUAAUAUGUCACCAAGAAAGUGACCUUUGCUUUACGUGGAUUAAUCACCAAAAUAAAUAAAUUAAUUAAAAAAAUACACAUAAAAAACAAAACAAAAGAAAACAAAAUAAAAUUUGCUUAUUUUAUUUUUUAUUGUAAUUAUUUUUAUUAUUAUUUAAAAUAAUAAUAAUAAUUAUUUUAAAUGCUUUUGUAUCCGUCAUCUUCCACUGUCUCUCUUUAAGGUUGCAGAGAGAGAGAGAGAGAGAGAGAGAGAAAAUGGGACUCAAUUGGAAGCUCUGAAAGCCCAAAACUUGGUUAGGGUUUCUGUUCACACCUUGUUAAUCCAUUGAAAGGGUUUUUUUUCCCUCCAGUUUCCUCUGUUUUGAAUAGGUGUAGAAAGUUUGUGAAUGAUGCCUGGGAAAGCUGAACAUGAAGAAAGGAGGCCACAACUCAGUGGAAGUAAUGUGUUUCAGACAAGUGUUUACAGUCAACCAUGGUGGCGGGAAAUGGGAACUAAUAAUACAGGAACAGCCAUAGGUGAAAGUGAGACUACUUCAAAAUCAUCUUUUGUGGUAGAACAUGCAAAUGGUAGAGUUGUUGAUGAUGGUGGAGAUGGUGCUAAUUACCACAAAGAAGUUUCUGCAACUACAGCUUCACAAUCUGAUGGGACUAAUGGAUCCGAACACCAUGCCAAAACUGCUCCAUCCUCGACUAUGCUCACAAUGGGCGAACAUCUUGAUCCAAAUGCUCAAAUGGAACUUGUUGGUCACUCAAUUGUUCUAACACCAUAUCCUUAUGGUGAUCCAAAUUAUGGUGGAGUAAUGACUCCGUACGGACCCCAACCUAUGGUACCUCCUCACUUAUAUGGCAUGUAUCCUACUCCUGGUAGAAUGCCUCUGCCCCUUGAAAUGGAAGAGGAGCCUGUUUAUGUUAAUGCAAAGCAGUAUCAUGGUAUAUUGAGACGAAGACAGUCACGAGCGAAGGCUGAGCUUGAAAAGAAAGCAAUAAAAGGUAGAAAGCCAUAUCUUCAUGAGUCUCGACAUCAGCACGCGAUGAGAAGGGCAAGAGGCUGUGGAGGCCGCUUUCUAAACACUAAAAAGGCAGAUGACAAUGCUGUGAGUUCCACUUCGGAAAAUGGCUCAAAUUCUAAUGGAAACCAAUCAACACAAUCAACCCGUGAUCGAAAUGUGGAUUCUUCUAGUAUCCAGAAGGGCAGGCCGGGAUCCAUGGUUGGAGAUAUGGGGAAAAUGCAGACUCACUCCAAUGGAAACGGCAAAAGCAACAACAACAACAACAACGGCCAUGGCUUGUCAUCAGCAUAUGAUUUACGAUUCACUGAUGACCAGGAAGUUGAUUGCUUGGGCCGGGAGAGGAAAAGCAUGAGGUUGAAUGGCUCCUCUCAUGGGGCAAUCUCCAUCAAAUGAAAGAUCCUCAAGGGGAUGUAGUUCUCCCCCAACAUCAGUAAACUGGUGAUGCUGAGGGGAGACACAGACACCCCAUUUCAGCUCAAAGGGAAACCUUUCUUGUGUGUGUGUCUAUAUCAGGCAAUUCAUUCUUGGCUUUGGUUACUUCAAACAACUUUGUAUAACUAUGUUAGGUGAAAUGAAGAAUCUCAACUCUAAAACAAAUCCUUAAUCAAGUUUACAUUUUGCUCACUACCCCUUUUGUGAAAUUUUAGCAGAAAAACAAUUAGUAUAGGAAAUGGUUUGUGAAAUGAGUUGAUUAGAGAAGUUAUGUGAAUCUUUAAUGUUUCAAAAGCUUGUAGACAUUUUUAUAUAUAUAUGGAACAAAGGGUUUGCUUGUUUCUAA